AUGGAGUGCUUCGCCGAGGGACUCGGCCUGCCUCUCGACACCUUCACCGUCGGCACGGUCUCGCCUCCCGGCUGCGAUGACUCGCAAGAUGUCCUCCGCCUCUUGCACUACCACUCCACCGUCGGCAAGAGGUUCGGGCCGAACUUUUGGCGUGCGGGCGCGCACGCCGACUUCGAUCGCGAGGGCGAGGGCGGUCUCGAGGUAUGCCCCGGGCGCAAGGUUGUCGGCGACUUUGGAAUGGGAGCCGAGUGGCUGCCGGUCGAGGCCCGCGCCGACCGCAUCGUGUGCAACAUCGGCGACCAGCUCAUGCGCUGGUCCGACGACCGGCUCAAGUCGACCUACCACCGUGUGCAGUUGACGGAGAAUUCGAGGCCGCGCUACUCGAUGGCCUUCUUCAACCAGGCCCGCACCGAUGUUGUCAUCCAGGGACCGAACAAGAAGUACCCGCCUAUCACUGUCGCCGUCGGAGUUAUCAAGUCCGUGGAGAAGACUGACGGCAAGGCAAGACCACCAAGGCCGCCGAGAGGUGAGAUGACCAAGCUGGGGUGA